AUGAAGGCUUCAACAAGUAAUAAUUGGUUAAUUGAUCCAGACAAUGCUGAUGGUUUUGCUCUAAUGUGGGGAGGUGUUCGAGCAAAUUAUGGAAUUAUUGUUCCUGAACAAAGAGAUGAUAUGCCUCCUUUAGCUUUUCAAGUGAAGAUUGCUGAACUUCUAUCACUAAAACAUUUACCUUUUGAAGAGCCUGAUGCUCAUGAUAUUCGUUUGGGAUGGUCACGUUUAGGAACUUCUAAUAUGUUGGGAGAGUCUCCUUAUUCAUUCGCCUUUAAUUCUAUGGCAAAUAAAGCAACGGGAAAUAUAUUUUCAGAUUAUGGAGAACCUUUUGGAAUAGGUGAUGUGAUUACUGCUGUUUUGGAUAUAAAUUGCGGUGAAAUUCGUUUCUUCAAAAAUUCGCAAACUUUGGGACCAGCAUUUACUGAUAUACAAUUCCAAACUGGUGAUGUUUUCUUUCCUCAUAUUGCAACAAAAAAUUGUAAAGUCUAUGUUUAUUUCGGCAAUGAAUUCCCUGAUAAUCCACCUCAAUCAACUUUAAAUACAAAUGGAGACAAUACAAUUACUGAUGAAGAAAUAAAUCAAUGGGGCUUGCCACCAGAUGAAGUUCCUGAAGGAACAAAAUGGAUUGGAAAGAUUGAUUUAAGAAUGUUAGCCCCAAGUAGAAGGCCAAUAUCUGAUAAAGCACAUUGUACUAUAAUUGCUAUGGUUGGUCUUUCUGGUGUUGGUAAAACUAGUUGGGUUCGUCAAUAUUUAAAAGAACAUCCAGAAGAGGAUUGGGUUCUUCUCAACAAUGAUUCUAUUUUGCAGUCAAUGGCUGUAAAUGGUGUCCCAAGGCAAAGAGUACAUCAAGGCAGAUGGGAUAUGGUUAUGGGGUUAACAGCUAAAGCACUAAAUCGUUCAUUACAAAUGGCUUGUCGUAGAAGACAUAAUUAUAUUUUGGAUCAAACAAAUGUGACGAGAGAUGCCAGAAAACGAAAAUUAACUCAAUUUCAAGAUUUUCAACGUAAAUGCGUAGUUAUUAUACCAAGUGAAGCAGAACACGAAAGACGUUUGAUUCGACAAGCUAGAGAACAAGGAGGAAUUGGACAAAUGCCUGCUGAAGCAAUGCUUGAAAUGAAAGGAGCCAAUUGA